AUGAGUUGCCUUCGAAGAACUGAUGUUAAUAAUAUCAUCCAUAGUUCAGAAAUUGAGAGGGAACUCAGUAGAAUAUACAGAACUGAAGUUCACAUCAAAAAAGAUGAAUUGGAAUACGUAACCUGUGAAACUGCUCCGCAAGAAUUGGUUUUUGAUGGGGGAUCUGAAUUGGUAGCGAAUCUGAAACCAGAAUGGGCUGAAAAAAUACCAAAGGUUCGUAGUUUUCAUAAUUUUUUUUCCGAAAAUUAAAAAUUUGUUAUCGAUUUACAGAUCUCUAUCAAAAACAUCCUUUUCUCUUAUGAAAAAUACCUGAAAACUUUCCAAAAUGCGCGGAUUCUUGAACUUGAGAGUUAUGCUCCAAUGGAUUUGGAAGUCAUUUUAUCAGCAGUUCCACAUUUGAUGGAAUUGAAAUGCACAGGAGGUGCGAUUACUUGCGAAGAUAGUGAUCUUGCAACUUGGACAGCAAACACUGAAUGUUUCGCUUCCUUGGAAUGCACUUUGGAUGAGUUUUCAAGUGUUACUUGUGAUGGGAUUGCGAAUAUGAUUCAGGUGGGAAUUUUGAACUAUUUUUGAAAAUGGAAAAAAAAAAAUUAUUUUUUUUUCAGAAUAUAAAAUGCUCUGAUAAUGCUCGAAUCCAUAUUCGCAACUACAAGGGAAGAAAAUUCCAAACAUACUGUCGCGUUUUCGAAUCACUUCUCAUCAGUUCAGCGUACGCUAGAAAAGAUCCAGAUCAGAAGAGCCGAUGGGGAAGUUGCGAGUUCCAAAGAACCGAUGGGAAAAUUAUCAGAUUGUUCCUCGAUGGACCAAACGUUGAUGAUUGA